AGAACGCACAGUGAGUGGAUAAACGCACCCAAGGGCUCCCACUUCCAUUCUCAUUAACCAGUGGCAGCAGCAGGAGCCGGACCCGACAGAGCUCAACAGAAGAGCAGACAGAGAGAAGGACAAGUAAGUAACUGCAUUUCUCCAUCAUGGGGAUGAUGAAGGGAAUUUUCCUACUGUUGAUGUUGGCCAUGCCUCAGACACAUCAGGCAGCAGAAUCUGGGAAUGAUGAUAACAGUGUAUUUGAUCUGUUUGAGUUAACGGGAUACAACCGCAAGGCUGGCUCUCGUAAGCCUGAAGGACUUCAUUUAGUGAAGGGACCUGACCCUUCCAGCCCAGCUUAUAGAAUUGAAAAUGCUGACUUGAUCCCACCACUGCCAGAAGAUAAAUUUCAAGACUUGCUGGAUGCAAUACGUGCUGAUAGAGGGUUCAUCCUGUUGGCUACUCUGCGUCAAGCAAAGAAGAGUCGAGGGGCACUUAUUUCUGUGGAGAGAAAAGAUGGUGGUGGACACAUCUUCAGUCUUAUCUCCAAUGGCCAGGCUGGAACCCUAGACUUAAGUUUAAGCGGAGAAAGGAAGCAGCAGGUGGUGUCUGUAGAAGAUGCUGCUCUGGCUGAUGGCAAGUGGAAGAACAUCACUCUCUUUGUACAAGAAGACCGCGCGCAACUCUAUAUAGGAUGUGACAAGAUGGAAAAUGCUGAGCUAGAUGUGCCAAUACAAAAAAUUUUCACUGAGAACCUGGCAAGCAUUGCUCGUCUUCGAGUAGCAAAGGGAGGAGUAAAGGACAACUUUCAGGGAGUCCUUCAGAACGUGCGCUUUGUGUUUGGAACCACAUUGGAAGCUAUUCUGAGAAACAAAGGCUGUCCAAGCAUGACAAACUCAGUCAUCACUUUGGACAAUGCAGUGAACGGCUCAAGCCCAGCCAUCCGAACGAAUUACGUUGGCCACAAAACAAAGGAUCUGCAUGCUGUGUGUGGCAUUUCCUGCAAUCAACUGUCCGAACUGUUUGCAGAAAUGAAAGGCUUACAGACUCUGGUGAAAUCUCUCCAGGACCAAGUCACCAAAGAGACAGAGAUAAAUGAACUUAUUUCUAAGCGAAUAACAAUGAUGCCAGGUGCUUGUCUCCACAAUGGAGUCUUGCAUAAGAAUAGAGAUGAGUGGACCGUUGACAGCUGCACUGAAUGCACAUGUCAGAACUCAGCAACUAUAUGCCGAAAAGUAUCUUGCCCUCUGAUGCCCUGCACCAAUGCCACCAUUCCAGAUGGAGAAUGCUGUCCUAGAUGUUGGCCAAGUGACUCAGCGGAUGAUGAUUGGUCUCCAUGGUCAGAUUGGACACCUUGCUCUGUGACUUGUGGUCAUGGCAUCCAGCAGAGAGGACGUUCCUGCGACAGCCUUAAUAACCCCUGUGAAGGCUCCUCUGUACAGACACGGUCUUGCCAUAUCCAGGAAUGUGACAAGAGAUUUAAGCAAGAUGGUGGUUGGAGCCAUUGGUCACCAUGGUCAUCAUGCUCAGUUACCUGCGGAAGUGGUCAAAUCACCAGAAUCCGUCUCUGCAACUCUCCUGUUCCUCAGCUAAACGGAAAGCCAUGUGAAGGGGAAGAAGGGAGAACAAGCCG